CCUCCCCUUGAUAUAAAUUUGCCAUGGAUGAUUGAAAAUCAUACAUUUUCUUCUCUUAGAAAUUACAAGAAAAGAGAAUGGCAGAGUCCCAGCAAGUGAGUGCUUUUCCUCUGCCCCCUAUGCAGUAUGUGAACCAAUAUACAGAUGAAAAUGUUAAACGGGGAAGGGUCCCCCCACCACCUCAGCCAAUGGAGGACACUUACACAAUGUUUGGGAAUGGGUUCACAUCAGAUGAUCAAGUAAUACGACCACUUGAGUCUCAGGGAUUCCGACGUCUUCAUCCACAAGCUUACGAUCAUAAGCGUGAGCUUAAAAAAUUGAACCACUCCAUUCUUGCAAAUUUCUUGGAUUUGUUGGACAUCCUUAUAAAAGCCCCUGAAUCAGGUAAAAGACAUGAAAAACUUGAAGAUCUGAAUCUUUUAUUCAUUCACAUGCAUCAUCUCAUCAAUGAAUUUCGACCUCACCAAGCUAGAGAGACAUUGCGAGUUAUGAUGGAACUUCAGAAGAAGAAACGGGAUGAGACUUCGGAGAAGUUUCAGAGCUACCUGGACAAAGUGAAAGACUUGAUUCAAGCUAGUGCUAAUGCCCUGCCAGACGAAUUCAGCUUGGACUCAAAAGUGUUGGUCAAGAGUGAGAUCUUAACGUCGGAGAUGUCGGACAGUGAGCAGGUGAAUGGGUCUGGAGAUUGUGACCAGCUGGACCGAAUGAUGUGUGACAUUGUAGAGGGAAUGUGAGCAGUUGUUGAUGGAAUGUGAUCACUAAUUACAGUUGUGACAUUUUGCAGGGAAUGUGAUCUCUUUUUACAUGCAUGACAUUGUGGACGGAAUGUGAUCACUUACGGAGGAAAUAUGACCAUAGAAAAAACAAGAAAGAAAGAAAAUGACAUCAAUAGCAGGAUUCUAUGUUGGUCCACGGAUUUCUGGACAAGGGCUUUACCGCUGGACUACUGAAGCAUCGAUGUCACAUGGGUGUUGUAUAUGUAACAGGAGGAAUGUUAUCACUCGUGGCUUUGUAGAGGGAAUGUGAUCUCCCUUGACAUGUGAAGGGAAUGCAAUCAUUCAUUACAUGUUUGAGGGAAUAUUAUCACUCAAUGUGUGGUUUAUAUUGUAAAUAGUUUUAAUAUCACAUAAUCCUUUUCCUUUGUUUUUCCAUUUCCUUGUUUUUGCUAAAGUCCUUUUUGCUUCAUUUCCUUGUUUUUGCUAGUUUUCAAUGUUUAAAAUUUGCUAUGCCAUUAUCUCAUCAUUGUCAUACUUCAACAAAUUGAUAUUUCACUACAUUAUACAUUUUGAACUCGUGACUUGAUCCAUUUGUGAGCAAAUGCAAAUAUUAGAGGCACGUAAGCCUUAAUUGUAAUUAAAUAUGUAUCACCUUUGUUUAUAUUUUUAUAUACAUUUCUAAGUAAGAAAAUUUGAAAUGAAAUUCAACUAUUAAAAGUGCUGCUGAGCAAA